ACCUUCCAUUUCUCUCUAUUUCAAGUUUCAGCAGGAUGGAGCCAGUGAAGAAGCAGCACCAGGAUUUAAUCACUGUCACACUGCCAGGCAAAAGAUGCCCCCCAAAGAAACUUGGCAUUAGGGGCCUGAUUGUGAAGCACCUUCAGAAGACCUUCCAGAGACCCGUGGCCUUUCAGCUCUAUUCUCCCCUGGUCCAUUCUCAGUGUUGUGCAGGCUCUUGUCCAAACUUGGGGAUGAAUGAAAGUGAAGCACAUGAAGAGAGAAGUGGGGAUGUGGUGUCUGUAGCCACGCAGCCUGGCAGGACACCCCUCUCAUUCUGCUCAGUGCCAGCCCCAGGAGGGGGUGACCACUCCAGCACCUCAGCACCCCAGGACUGGCAGGGCAGUCUGCAGGUCCAGAUGGAAGAAGAGGCUGAGAGUGGAGGGGAAGCCCCCAGCACAGAAUCCCUGGCACAGGCAUCCAAUUCUUGUGCCCUCAGAUCCAGUCCCACCCCUGCUCCUCUCCUGCCCUGUCCAGUGGACUCCCCCUCCAAACCCAAACUCUCCAGCUGCUUCUCCAUCUUCUCUCUGCCAUCUUGGGGCUCCAAGCUUGAUUCCAACCUCCUGCCCCUUGCCAGCUCCAAGAAAUCCCACAGUGGCAGCUGGAAUAACCCACAUCCUGAGGAUCCUUGUCCCAGACCAGGAAAGCUUCCAUGUUUUCCUUUCACAGGACCUCUCAUUGCUCAGAUAACCAACUGCAUCUACCUGGGGAACCUCAGUGCUGCCUACAGUGGGCAGGCCCUGUGCACCAACAGCAUUGACAGCAUCAUUGACAUGAGCAGCCUGCCCUGUGACCACAGCCUCAGCAUCAUCCCCUGCACCUGCCAACGAGGAGGCUUCAGACACACCUGGUCACGUCUUAAGGUUGACAUCCAGGCUCCUCUCCAUGGAGAUCAGCAUCAAAUGAGACAGCCCUGCUUCCAGGACAUCAAUGAGUGCAUUGAAGCCUCGCUGGAGAAAGGGAAACGUGUCCUUAUCCACUGCAGGGAUGGUUACUCUCUAGCUCCUACUUGUGUCAUUCAGUACCUGAUGGUCAAGCACAGGAUGAGGCUGCUGGCAGCCUAUGAGUUUGUGAGGGCAAGGUACCCACUGAACAUCCAGGAGUGUCACCAGGACCUGCUGGUGGCUUUGGAGAUGUCCCUGCAGCCUGGGGGCAUCAACAUCAGGUGCCUGAAGCACUCCUUGUCAAGGAAGCUGGCAUGGAGCUAA